UAUAUAUAAGGCAAACUCUGUAUAAGCUUCUCUCCCUCUCUCAAAUUUUGAUGAGAAUCCAGUAAGUUCCAUUUAUGCAAAAUGUUAGCUAUUUUCCACAAAACUUUCGCACACCCACCUGAAGAGCUUAACAGCCCUGCCUCUUUCACUGCCUCUAAGCCCCCUAAGCUACCUCAAGAAACACUCAAUGACUUUCUUUCUCGUCAUCCUAACAACACUUUCUCUGUUAAUUUUGGCCAAGCUGCUGUUCUUGCUUAUGUUUCUCCUCAUCGUUCCUUUUCAAUUCACCAAAGGCUGUUCUGUGGGUUUGAUGACAUAUACUGUCUGUUCUUGGGAAGUUUAAACAAUUUAUGUGCAUUGAAUAAGCAAUACGGUCUAUCAAAAGGCUCAAAUGAGGCUAUGUUUUUGAUUGAAGCGUAUAGGACUCUUAGAGACAGAGGUCCUUACCCAGCUGAUCAGGUCCUUAAGGAGCUUGAUGGCAGCUUUGCUUUUGUUGUUUAUGAUAGCAGGGCCGGUGCUGUUUUUGCUGCCUUGGGAGCUGAUGGGGGAGUGAAGCUGUAUUGGGGAAUUGCAGCAGAUGGGUCAGUGGUGAUAUCAGACGAUGUGGAUGUCAUCAAAGAAGGCUGUGCUAAAUCAUAUGCCCCUUUUCCAACUGGAUGCAUGUUCCACAGUGAAGGAGGUCUAAUGAGUUUUGAGCAUCCAAUGAACAAGAUGAAAGCAAUGCCUAGAAUUGACAGUGAAGGAGCCAUGUGCGGAGCUAAUUUCAAGGUUGAUGUUUACACAAGGGUCAACAGCAUCCCGAGGAGAGGCAGUGAAGCUAACUGGGCUGAAUGGGAUACAAACUAGACUCAUACAUUUCUCUCUUCUCUGUGUGUUGUUGCUGCUACCAUUUUCACAGUUUAGCUUUUCUAAGUCCUAACAUCCCUUUUUCAGUUUCAAUGGCUUGUAAUUAUUUGAAACAAUAAAAUUUCUCUUUUCUUUCUUACUUCUUCAUAUAUGUAAAUAAACAAAUAAACUCAUUACCUGUUAGAGUUAAAA